AUGAGGGAAGAAUACUUCAAUGUGGCCAAUAUGUCCAAGGCCGGUGUUUUCCUGUAUAAUGACCCGGAUGAUUCGGAACACUAUGAUUUCGACGAUGGUUUUUCCAUAGCCAACAUGACCAUAAACGUGGGUGAAAAUUCUCCCAAUGAUAGUACAGAAGGCACAAUCUAUAUGGAUCGGGUGUGUAAAUCAGGAAAUUUCAAGAAUGCAUAUGAUGGAUUCUACACAAAUGGUGAAAGAUCUGGUCAGCGCUGUGUGUUAAAGAACUUUAAAACAGGACCUGUGUAUCAUGAUGAUCCAUACAAGCAGCAACUUAAGAUAGAUAAAAAGGCACAAUCUAUCAUUGAUGCAUUCAAUGCCGCAAACAGGCCAUCGGAAUGGCACAGUGAUGAAGUCAAUGCUGGUAAUACUAUACCAAUAUACCCAGUCCGCCUCAUCCCGUCGACACUUUGGACUGACAACGAGACGGGAGCCGUAAGCAUUAUAGAACCAUUUAUUGAGCGUUACCGAAAGUUCAACAGCCCCACAGGAUGUGUUCGGGCUGACGACGAAUUUGUUGAUCCAAUUCAAGCCUUGAGUCACUUUUCCUAUCACAUAUCUGACCGCAAAUUGCUAUUGUGCGACCUUCAGGGAGGCGGAGAUGCCAAUGGAUAUACCCUCGCAGACCCAGCCAUUGCAUCAGAUGAUCCACAAAGGCCCUAUGGAGCAUCAGAUAUGGGACCUCAAUGUAUCAAAGAUUUCUUAAAACGCCACGUCUGCGGUUUAUAUUGCAAUCCACAGUGGCUCAAACCUGAAGUGGUUGAAGAAAGGGAGGUACCUCCAAUUCAGCGAGGGCUCUUACCACCUUACGACACGUGA